AGGAGUGAUGAUGAAAUCGCCUGCACACUGAGAAUUCCGCAGCAAUUUCCGAUUGUAUAUGGGCGGUAGAUGCUCAAGGAAAGCACGGAGUCCAACGCAUGCGAAACUAUCUGAUUUUCUUAUUAUACGUUCUCUUGGCAGAGGAGCAUUCGGCAAGGUCUGUAUUGCACAAUACCGUCGAACAAAGAAAUAUUACACGUUUGAAUGUAUAAAUAAAAGGCGCUGUGUUCAGCAUAUGAUAGCUGACAGUGUUCUACAUGAAUUAAAUCUACUGGCACAUCUAUCACAUCCGUUUAUCGUCAAUUUGUGGUUUGCCUUUCAGGAUGAACGUCACAUUUACAUGGUAAGUGACCUAUUAUUGGGUGGAAACCUAAGAUAUCAUUUAAAUCAGCAAGGACGAUUUGCCGAAGAUCGUUCGAAGCUGUACGUUUAUGAGAUAGCACUGGCGCUGGAUUAUCUACACAGAGAAAUGAUCAUACAUAGAGAUGUGAAACCGGAAAAUAUCUUGUUAGAUGAUGAAGGACACGCACAUCUCACUGACUUCAAUCUGGCCACGCGUCUUGCUCCCAAUACUUACGCUACCUCAUUCUGUGGUACACGGCCGUAUAUGGCGCCAGAAAUUUUACUUUGUUCUCUAGGUUAUUUGGCUGGCUAUGAUCAUCGUGUUGAUUGGUAUUCCCUCGGUAUUUGUUUUUAUGAAAUGCUUAUGGGACGAAGACCAUUCGAAUACGCUAACCAUUCGUCUUCACGACAGGUACUUUGUUUGAUGAGCAAAAGCUUGAUAGCGCUGCCGUCUCAGUGGCCUUCAGAUCUAAUUUCUUUCAUUAGUUGUAUGCUCAGGUACGAGGUUGGAUCUCGAAUUGCUUCAUUUGCAGCUUUCUCCCAGCAUCGUUACAUGGAAAGGAUAAAUAUGAAUGAUGUUUUUACCAGGAAGACGGCUCCGAUUUUUAUACCCCGUUCGGGUACAUUGAACUGCGAUCCGACUUAUGAAUUAGGAAUGGGCAUUCUUGAUACCUCAUCUGUGAAUCGUCAACGAUGUCGUAUGGUUAACUCUGGGGAGGAGAUCGAACAAAAAGUGAACGAAUUUACCCAGACAUUCGUUUCAUAUAACCGAGAGUAUCAAUGCCGAAUGAAUCCAAAGGACGAAAGAAAUCAGUUGAAAGCAUCGUCACCACAAAGAAUGCGAAAUUCAUCAAAUGCAUUAUGAUCUCAAAGGAAUAUUUAGUACUCUCAAAAAAUUUGGUUUUAAUAUGCCUCCUCGGGUUUUUACAGUAAAGAACAAACAAGAG